AUGACCUAUUCUACAGUCAGCAUUAACACUCCUCCACCAUACCUUACUUUGGCCUGCAAUGAAAAACUUCCAACAGUUUUAUCAAUUGCUGGAACAGACCCGAGUGGUGGUGCCGGAAUAGAAGCUGACGUGAAGACCAUUACUGCGCACAGGUGUUAUGCCAUGACAUGCAUCACUGCUUUGACAGCCCAAACUCCAGUUAAGGUGUACAACAUCAGUAACACGCCAAAGGAAGUAGUUUCUCAAAUUUUGGAUGCCAAUUUACAGGAUAUGAAAUGUGAUGUUAUCAAGACUGGUAUGCUUACCGCUGCUGCUAUUGAGGUUUUGCACGAAAAAUUGGUGCAACUUGGUGACAAGAGACCUAAGUUAGUGAUUGACCCAGUUCUUGUUGCUACUUCUGGUUCUUCUCUGGCUGGUAAAGAUGUAGCAAGUUUAAUUACAGAAAAAAUCGCUCCUUUUGCUGACAUUUUGACUCCUAAUAUUCCAGAGUGUUUUAUGUUAUUAGGUGAAAAGAGAAAACUAAACGAAGUGCAAGAUAUUUUUAAGGUCGCAAAAGACCUUGCUGAAACCACGAAAUGUUCCAAUAUCCUGGUAAAAGGUGGCCACAUUCCAUGGAAUGAUGAAAACGGAAAGUAUAUCACCGACGUUCUUUACUUGGGAGCCGAACAAAAGUUCAUUACCUUUAGGGGAAAUUUUGUUAAUACCACUCAUACUCAUGGUACCGGGUGCACUCUAGCGUCCGCCAUCGCAUCCAAUAUGGCUCGUGGUUACACCCUUCCUCAGUCAGUUUAUGGAGGUAUUGAAUAUGUUCAAAAUGCCAUAGCCAUUGGCUGCGAUGUCACCAAAAAAUUUGUAAAGGACAAUGGACCGAUCAACCAUGUCUAUGCCGUAGAAAUCCCAUUAGAAAAAAUGCUCAGCGACGAAUGUUUUACUGCAUCAGACGUCGUACCUGAAGAGCCAAUCGUAAAUGGUGUUGACAAAAUACCAGGUGGCAGUUUCUUCGAAUAUCUGGUCAAUCACCCCAAAGUAAAGCCACAUUGGGAUUCCUACGUGAACCAUGAAUUUGUUCAAAAAGUGGCAGAUGGCACAUUAGAGCGUAAAAAGUUUCAAUUUUUCAUUGAACAAGAUUAUCUAUACCUAAUCAAUUAUGCUAGAAUUUCCUGCAUUGCAGGCAGUAAAGCUCCAAGCUUGGAGGAUUUGGAAAAGGAGCUUGUUAUUGUCGAAUGCGUCCGUAAUGGACUCAGUCAACAUGAAAAGAGAUUAAGAGAGGAAUUUGGAGUUGAAGGCCCCAACUACCUCCAAAACAUUCAGAGGGGGCCUGCAUUAAGAGCUUACUGUCGUUACUUCAAUGAUGUUGCCAGGAGAGGUAACUGGCAAGAAUUGGUUAUAGCCCUUAAUCCUUGUCUAAUGGGCUAUGGUUAUGCCUUAACCAAGAUCAAGGGCAAGGUAACUGCAGCCGAGGGUUCUCUUUAUCAUGAAUGGUGUGAAACUUACUCAUCUUCAUGGUGCCACGAAGCCAUGGCUGAGGGCGAGAAGCUUUUGAAUCGUAUUUUGGAGACAUACCCUCCGGAGCAACUCGAUACGCUAGUCACGAUUUAUGCUGAGGUUUGCGAAUUGGAAAGCAAUUUCUGGACCGCUGCCCUAGAAUAUGACGAGCUAUAA